UCCCCUGUUUUAACAUUCCGGGCAGACCCUGCUUCCACAGUGCUCACCAAGCGUUCGACGAAUUGCGUCACUGAAGACCGCGCAAGGAUGAAGUACGUGAGACCCUUGAACUUGUUCAUGGACUUACACAAAGCCAAACCUCGCGGCCGCAUCCUCGGUCUAGACGUUGGCGACAAGUACGUCGGCCUCGCCAUCUCCGACCCCAGUAACAAAAUCGCCCACCCCGUAAGUGUUCUGCUCCGUAAGAAAUCAACCCUGGAUUUGAUGGCUGAAGAUUUCAACAGCCUGGUAUCCAUGUUUUCCGUGGCGGCAUUCGUUGUCGGAUACCCUUUUACUGAAAGCCGGCGCGGCUGUCCUGAGGCUGUCCAGGUGAAGCUUCUGGUUGAGGAUCUCUGUAAGACGAGGAGGCUCCAAGGCGUCAAGUACACGUAUUGGAACGAGUGUUUUACUUCAAAGAAUGGUGAAUACCUGCUGAAGGAUUUGAGAAGUUUUCAUCCGGUUGAGCAGAAGACAAUAGUUGACAAGUUUGCUGCUGUUGGGAUACUCCAGGGGUACCUGGAUUAUGUCAACAGGAAGCUGAAGUCAGAUCAGAAAAAUCCAUCACCGUUGCUGAUAUCCUCUAAGGAAACUGAAGUCACGGAUCAGACGACAGUUUGAGCACAUAACUCGACUCCGAUGUAUCACUUCAUAAAUUGUAGUGUAGGGCGCUUUCUCCCAAAAUCUCAGAAGACUUGUAUGGAUUGUCAGCAAAUUUGCCACUGCUUAAAUGUAACUCCAGGCCGUUAGCAAAUAGCAGUCUCGAAUACUAGUUAUGAUCAUUCGGGAUUCCGAAUAAAAGCUCCUAAAUAAGCAGAAAUGAAUCCCAUGAGAUUAUGAGUUCCUCAGUAUCACCACUAAAGCAGAAAGUAUCUUUUUGUAUUUUUAAAAGCAGUGUAAUUUGUCUUAAA